GGGCUCCUGGUACUAGCCAUCCUUUGCACUAGAGUGUUUUCUUAAAGACUCCAAAACACUAUCCUUUCCUUUUCACGGACAGUAAGAUUAGCAUGUGACUAUGGCUUCUCCAUGAAGUUGUAAGGUCUUUGAGAACAAAGACUAUGCCAUGGAGGAACAAAUGGAUGAACAAACUGUAUUUUCCCCAAUUUAUGAUUUUGCCUCAGAGUCUAACAAAGUUUCUAGCACAUCCAAUUGAACAUAAUUGUUAGAUGAUUGAUCCCUAGGUGUUUGGGUGAUGGGGCUGGGUUUGGAGGGGAUGGGCAUUUCUGAUACACCCAUUACUCACGUUUUACACGUGGGUGUCCAGCACUAAUUGUCAAUUUGUUCCACUGACCAACAGGGAUAUUCUCCCCCCAAUAUUAUGCCUAUCUUUGGCUUUAGGAAGCCCAGGUAUAGACAUAGCAACCACAGGAGUCCAAGGUGGUGGCUUAAGAAGGUCAUUACACACAGCAAUUCACAACUACUUCUGGAUUCCUCUCCCUUUUCUACUAAAGGAUCCAUGAGAGAAGACAACCAGUCCUCCAAACUGGAUUUCAUCCUUCUGGGAGCUAGCAGUCAGAAGGAACAGGAAAACUUCUUCUUCUUCCUUUUCCUGUUCAUUUACCCCAUCACAUUAAUUGGAAACCUGCUCAUCAUCUUGGCCAUCUGCUCUGAGAUUCGCCUUCACAACCCCAUGUAUUUUCUUCUCGCCAAUCUCUCGCUUGUUGACAUCUUUUUCUGCUCUGUAACCAUCCCUAAGGCACUGGCCAAUCAUCUUGUUGGCAGCAAAGCCAUCUCCUUUGGGGGAUGCAUGGCACAAAUGUGUUUCAUGUUAGCCUUAGGUAACACAGAUAGCUACAUCCUGGCUGCUAUGGCAUAUGAUCGUGCUGUGGCCAUCACCCGCCCACUUCAUUACACAACAGUCAUGAGCCCAGGGGCUUGUUUCCUCUUAGUUGUUGGGUCUUGGGUGAUGGGAAAUGCCAAUGCUGUCCCCCACACCCUGCUCACGGCUCGUCUGUCCUUCUGUGCAAACAAGGAAGUGGCCAACUUCUACUGUGACAUUGCCUCUUUGCUCAAGCUGUCCUGUUCUGACAUCCACUUCAACGUGAAGAUGAUGUACCUAGGGGCUGGUGUUUUCUCCUUGCCAUUACUAUGCAUCAUCAUCUCCUAUGUUCGGGUGUUUUCCACGGUCCUACGAGUUCCAUCCACCAAGGGUGUGCGCAAAGCCUUCUCCACCUGUGGGUCCCACCUCACAGUUGUUUCUCUGUAUUAUGGGACAGUCAUGGGCAUGUACUUCCGCCCUCUGACGAGUUACAGCCUCAAGGAUGCAGUGAUAACUGUGAUGUACACUGCCGUGACUCCAAUGUUAAAUCCUUUCAUCUACAGUCUGAGAAACCAGGACAUGAAGGCUGCUCUGAGGAAACUCUUCAGCAAGAGAAUCUCCUCAUGACCAAUGUUAGGCCACAGUAGAGAUUGCAGUCACUUGGAAGUCCAUCCCCAAUGUCCUCCCCCUUACCAGAAGCCCCCUUUCAUCUCUCAGGGCAAGCCCACUCAGGUCUGCUGGCUUCCACUAGCUCUUGGCAUGUCCAAAAGCAGCCAUGGUAUCAGCAACACGUGGCUUCGCCCUUUCAAGCAUCUGGUACGAUGGUGCUAUGAGGCAACAUCAUCUUUCGCUCUGUACCUUGCAACCAAUCAGGACCCUGUGGGGUCCUCCUAAAGACAGACCCCGCAGGUCCCCCAAGUGCCUCUUGUAUGUAGAAGAAGCUUGGCUCCUCUGACUCGCUUUUGUAUCUAUCUCUUCUGCUCCUUUCAGCUCUGAGUCACAUGCUUCUGCUGAGCCAUGCACACAGACAUGGUAACCACAAAAAGAAUUCUG